UCUCGUUCUCCCAAUCUACAACAACACACUCCAGCCUCUCCUCCUCUCUCACAAACAAACCACUUACUUUUACAACCAUGAAGUUCAUUGCUGCCGUCGCUGCCCUCUUCGUUGCCGCCGUUGCCAACGCCCAGGUUCCCUUCACUAACUGCGCCACCGGUGCCACGGAUAUCGCCAUCACCACCUUCUCGAUCGCGCCUUACCCUCUGUGCAUCAACCAGAACGUCUGCGCUACCGGUACCGGUACCCUCUCGACUCCCGUCGUCGCUGGUGCCAAGUUGGCCAUCACUGGCAGAUACGGUGGACGUGUCGUCUACACCGAUAACCAGGACCUGUGCGCCCUCAUGGCCGCUCAGGGACACCCUUGCCCCAUCCCCACCACCUUGACCUCCAUCACCGCUUGCGUCCUCGUCAAGUCCACUGCUCCCGCCAACGUCCCCGUUGCUCUCACCGUCCUUGCCACGAACGGAAACGGCAACGUCCUCUUCUGCCAGUCUGCCACCGUCACUGCCAAGACCUGCUAAGUCUUCUCCUAGCAAGUCUCAUGUCGUCCCGCAAUCCGAGGCAAAGAAGAAAGGAGCUUUAUAAAUAUGUAUCUAUUUUCAAACCAGCUCUGUCUGCAAAUAAAACUUGCAUUCAUCAUAUCUUGUUCAUGACCUACUUCAGCUACUCUUGACAACA